AUGUCCUUAUUCCUAUCCUCAACUCUAUCGCUUCCACCCUUGUCCGUUUGUCGUUCUUCCACCCUUGUCCGUUUGUCGUUCUUCCACCCUUGUCCGUUUGUCGUUCUUCCACCCUUGUCCGUUUGUCGUUCUUCCACCCUUGUCCGUUUGUCGUUCUUCCACCCUUGUCCGUUUGUCGUUCUUCCACCCUUGUCCGUUUGUCGUUCUUCCACCCUUGUCCGUUUGUCGUUCUUCCACCCUUGUCCGUUUGUCGUUCUUCCACCCUUGUCCGUUUGUCGUUCUUCCACCCUUGUCCGUUUGUCGUUCUUCCACCCUUGUCCGUUUGUCGUUCUUCCACCCUUGUCCGUUUGUCGUUCUUCCACCCUUGUCCGUUUGUCGUUCUUCCACCCUUGUCCGUUUGUCGUUCUUCCACCCUUGUCCGUUUGUCGUUCUUCCACCCUUGUCCGUUUGUCGUUCUUCCACCCUUGUCCGUUUGUCGUUCUUCCACCCUUGUCCGUUUGUCGUUCUUCCACCCUUGUCCGUUUGUCGUUCUUCCACCCUUGUCCGUUUGUCGUUCUUCCACCCUUGUCCGUUUGUCGUUCUUCCACCCUUGUCCGUUUGUCGUUCUUCCACCCUUGUCCGUUUGUCGUUCUUCCACCCUUGCCCGUUUGUCGUUCUUCCACCCUUGUCCGUUUGUCGUUCUUCCACCCUUGUCCGUUUGUCGUUCUUCCACCCUUGUCCGUUUGUCGUUCUUCCACCCUUGUCCGUUUGUCGUUCUUCCACCCUUGCCCGUUUGUCGUUCUUCCACCCUUGUCCGUUUGUCGUUCUUCCACCCUUGUCCGUUUGUCGUUCUUCCACCCUUGUCCGUUUGUCGUUCUUCCACCCUUGUCCGUUUGUCGUUCUUCCACCCUUGUCCGUUUGUCGUUCUUCCACCCUUGUCCGUUUGUCGUUCUUCCACCCUUGUCCGUUUGUCGUUCUUCCACCCUUGUCCGUUUGUCGUUCUUCCACCCUUGUCCGUUUGUCGUUCUUCCACCCUUGUCCGUUUGUCGUUCUUCCACCCUUGUCCGUUUGUCGUUCUUCCACCCUUGUCCGUUUGUCGUUCUUCCACCCUUGUCCGUUUGUCGUUCUUCCACCCUUGUCCGUUUGUCGUUCUUCCACCCUUGUCCGUUUGUCGUUCUUCCACCCUUGUCCGUUUGUCGUUCUUCCACCCUUGCCCGUUUGUCGUUCUUCCACCCUUGUCCGUUUGUCGUUCUUCCACCCUUGUCCGUUUGUCGUUCUUCCACCCUUGUCCGUUUGUCGUUCUUCCACCCUUGUCCGUUUGUCGUUCUUCCACCCUUGUCCGUUUGUCGUUCUUCCACCCUUGUCCGUUUGUCGUUCUUCCACCCUUGUCCGUUUGUCGUUCUUCCACCCUUGUCCGUUUGUCGUUCUUCCACCCUUGUCCGUUUGUCGUUCUUCCACCCUUGUCCGUUUGUCGUUCUUCCACCCUUGUCCGUUCGUCCUUCUUCCACCCUUGCCCGUUUGUCGUUCUUCCACCCUUGUCCGUUCGUCCUUCUUCCACCCUUGCCCGUUUGUCGUUCUUCCACCCUUGUCCGUUCGUCCUUCUUCCACCCUUGCCCGUUUGUCGUUCUUCCACCCUUGUCCGUUCGUCCUUCUUCCACCCUUGCCCGUUUGUCGUUCUUCCACCCUUGUCCGUUCGUCCUUCUUCCACCCUUGCCCGUUUGUCGUUCUUCCACCCUUGUCCGUUCGUCCUUCUUCCACCCUUGCCCGUUUGUCGUUCUUCCACCCUUGUCCGUUCAUAAUAGGCCAGCUGCUGUCGGAGCGGCUGAUCCCCUUUGUGGCGCUGGACAUAAUAGGCCAGCUGCUAUCGAAGCGGCUGAUCCCCUUUGUAGCGCUGGGCGCUCCCUCGACCUCCCCCUCUACUUCGGCGAUGCUGGCAGCCGCGAUGUCAGUGCCUCCCCCUUCCCAACCUCCUCCCCUGUGCAUUUUCCGCCUGCCCUGUGCAAUUCCUUUUCCUUGUACGUCAAACCUGACGUCAAACCUGACGUCUAA